UUGAUACGGAGUUAAAGAUUAAACAAAUUUUAACUAUUUUAGCAGCAAUAUCAAUUCUAACUUAAUAUUUAUAACAAGUACCGGAAAGAGUUUUUUAUAACAAGAAAAGAAAUGAAUGCAAUAGUUUAAUUUAAAUGCGGAUGAAACUGGAUUGUCAGUGGAGGAUAAAUAUUUACUCCCGCGAGUUUUGGAAGAUGUGAAAAACAUUUUUCAAUAUUUAAAGUGGUAUUUAGCACGUGCUAUUUCCCUCCAUGUUUUACUCAAAAUUAAAAAAGAUCAGACACGUGACAAUUGAGAAUGUCAAACAUCAAUUAAAGGCAAUUAAAGUGAUAAUUGAGAGUAAAUAGACGUGAUUAAUGACAGGGACCUAACAUUAUCACUGGAAGGCAAUAAAAAAUAGAUAGUUCGUAGCUGAACUUCAUCUUGGACUUACACUCUUAGAGAUAUUUGAAUAAAAAGAAGGAUAUAAGAUAUAUAAAAUAAAAAAUUGUGGGAAAAGGCAUAAAACGUGAAAGAAGAAAUUGUUGAUAUUCUUAACGAAGAUACUUUUUUAGUGAUAUAUAUGUUGAAGAAUUUAUAUACAGUUUAUAUUUUCAACUUAUGAUUUAAACAGACUGAAAAUGAUUGAAGUUGAUAGUGUAAGAAGGAAUUAUAAUAUAGGACCAGGGUUUGAUGCCGCUUUCACAGCCUCGCAGUAUCCCCUCGGUGGACCCAUGGGUACCCCACACUAUGACAACCACAGAGUCUUGGUACAUUGGAAUCAGCCCCCGCCCUUACAUCAAGGACCAAGUCCGACAACAACAGCAUCUAAAUCAGACGGUGAUGAUGACGAUGAUGAUGAUGAAGAUCGACCAUUCACGCCUCCACCUCCUAGAGAGCGUCUGAGUUAUACCCGGUAUCAGCUAGAACUUCUGAACGGUAUAUAUGAUGAGGUUCGAUACCCAAACUCCACGCAGAAGCAACUUAUUGCCAAACGUGUUGGUAUUACCAGAGAACAAGUGAAGAUUUGGUUUCAAAACAGACGAAGGAAAGAUGUCAUUGGAAACUCAGGCAAGUCGAAAUCCGAAAAAUCAUGUGACACAAGCACUAGCAGUACCAGCAGUACCGGAAGUAUUAAAGAUUCUGACUCGCAACAAAAUAGUCCGGCAGCAACGGAUGGAAAUGAAAGUAGUUCUUCCGAAGAAAGUAGUGCUAAUGGUUCUUUAAAAGACGAUGGUGAACAAGUAGUGCCAAAUGUUGUUAUGAAAAGUGUCAUAGGUGAACUGAUUAAAUUCAAAAACGAUCCCCUAAAGGGAAAGAAAAAUAGGAAAAAGAAAACAAACAAGCAGAAAGAAAAGGCGGCAAUCAAGAAAGGACUUACAACCACUUUGCUCACCGGAAGUUAUGACAUGAUCAAUCCUCCAAAUCAAGUAACACCAACAGCAUUUUUUGAAAAGCUGAAAAGCGGAUUUAAUCAUUCAAAGAAUGCAUCAGCGUUUGUAACACCACGGGGAUUUUCAAAACCGACCCAGAAUAGUCAAAUUUCCAGCAGUUCUGACGGACCACCUGUCAGUUUGGCUGGUAAUCGUAAUAUCAUUCCGCAACCUGCGAAAAACGACCAAAGUUCAUUCCCAUUUCCUAGUCAAACAUGCAAUUUUCUAAAUCCUGCGUUCGCUGGCGGUCUACAUAACCCAUACAGUACAAGUGGAUGUGAGAUACCAGUGUUAUCAGACAUUCUUUCAAAUAAAUCUUGUACAACGCCACAGAAAAAGGACGCCAUUCCGCCUCCGAAUUCUUCGGCGAAAACUUUGUCGUCUGAUGUACCUUCAACAAUGCAGCGGGGAAACAUUGAUCCUCGGUUUCCAUCUCAUUCAGGAAUGAACCCUUUUACGACAGGGAGACCACUAAACGGCAUAUAUCCUUACCCUUUUCUAGCAGAACAACCAAGGUUGUUGUCAUCGCUUAGACCACAAGAGACUUUAUUCCGUCCAUCGGCACAUUAUCCCGUCCCUCAUUUCAAUGAAGAUCCAUAUCAGCCCUUGUUUUUAUCGUCACUGGGAAAUCCGUACUAUUCACCAGCGCCGCCGCCGUCAUUGUCAUGGCCUGGCUCGAACUCGGCGCCACAGAUUUCUUCGUCACCCUAUACCCAGUUAUAAUAAAAAAAAACUAUGUCAACUGAUGUCAAAUACUCGGCCGGGUUUGGUGAAAAGUUUUGUGAUACCAUGCCUUCGUGUUCAUUUUUCUAUGACAAAUUUGCUACAUUACUAUGUAUAGAUUAAAUUUUAUCAUCACUUUGUACAAAUUCUGUAUUGUUGUGUUGUCUGUUGAAUUUGUAUUUUACAGAAUUGUAAAGAAAAUAUUUCUGAAUUGAAAUUUUGUGAUUUUGAAAUUUAUACAAAUAUUGCACAUGACUCAGGAAACUUACUUUGUUUAUUGUUUUGUAUAUAAU